GUCCUCACUCCCCCUUGCCUUCACUGGGUAAAACCCUGCUCUCAUUUCCUCAGACAUGGAUGCAGCAGAAAUUACACAGGACCCUGCUUUGCUGCUGGUUCCACCGGAAAGAAAGAACAAACUGUACUGCAAGACAUCAGCACAAUUAACAAGUGCCUGGGGAGUGCUGAACACGGAAGCAGCGUUAACCCUUCUGCAAUCACACCUUCUGCUGCACCAGCUUUGCACAACCGCAAAGCAACUCCCAAAUGCGCCGCGUGGCCAAACAGGACAACCCCACAAAGAAGUUAAAGGAAAACUUAUGCAGAGCGAAAGAGCUUCCUUUUCUGAGCUGCAACUGCAUGUUGCACAGAAGGAUUUGGCAGCCAGUCACGAAAAAUUCUUCACUUCUGCCUGAAAUGGCCAAGCAAAACUCUCCAUCACUAGCUGAAGUUGUAAAACAAGUUGUAGAGCAGCAGCAGUCACAGGUGGCAGACGUGGAAAAAAGCAAAGCAAUUCUUUUCCAACUGCAGGCAAAGUGUCAGGAACUAGAAAAAGAAAUUAAUUCUAUUCUGUUAGAAACAAAGACAACAGAAAAGGAGAUACAUCUGCAAGAUGAUGCCAUAGAAGUGACAAAAUAUCAGUGUGAAAAUCUAGAGGCCCAAGUCAGAGCCCUGUAUUCUGAAAAUUUAAAAUUGAAGUGUGAUGCAGAAACAGUACAAGAGGAGUUUGAGAUGAUACUUGCAAGAAAUAAUGAAUAUCGGGAAAAAAUAAAGGAUCAUAAACAUCUCUUUUGGGAGAUGGAAAGUAAAUUGCCAGUUAUGAUUGAACUUGCUAAAAAGAAAGCGUUUGUGGAAGAAUUAAGAGCAAAGAAAGAGGAGUUAAUAUGUGAUCUCCAGAAUCCAGAAGGAUCUGUUAUAAAACAAGUGCAGGAAGAAAUCACACUUUUAAAAAGCGAAAUCACAACACUGAAAGAUUUAAUCACUAAAAAGAGAGAUAUGCUGGAAGAAGAGGAAAAAAAGCAUGCUAAGCUUAGAAAAGAAAUUGAGGUCCAGAAUAAAAGAUAUGAUGCUAUUUUAAAACGUUUGCGUUGCCAACUGAACAAAGUCCAUUCCAAUAAAAGACAAUGGCACUGGAACAUUCAGCAGCUGGAGAAGAAAGUCGCAGAACUAAGAGAGUGUCUUGGAGUAGCAGAGUUAGAAAACAUCAUGUAACAAACUUAACAAAGCUAGAAUGCUCAUAAUCUUUUCCAGGCAGGGGACAUUUUUUCUGGAAAUGCUACAAAUCUUAAACAGCCUGAUAACUGGAUCAGGCCUCAGCAAUUACUUUCUUUUUAAAGUUCUUCUCUCUUUCAUUUUGUGGCCUAAACUAAUAGCCACAAUAAUAAGUCAGCUGUUCAGGAAUAAGUUAGCUGUUCAGGAAGAAAGUUACUGACACUUCCAGGUGUUUUCAAAAUAUGUGCCAAUUUUAUCUAAAAAGUUAUUUGAAAGUCAAAGAAAUGAGAUUUGGAAAGUUCCUUUAAAUUUCAUUUUGUCUCCAAAAGUUGGAAUAUAUGCUGCUUUUCCUACAGAAAAAUUAAUAUUAGUGUAUAAUUGCACUCCUGAGAGACCAAAGUUAUUUUAUCUUUUAUCCACAUCCCUUUUUAUUGCAACUUUUAAAGGAACUCUGAAAGCUUUGAUGGGCCUGUAUUUUGCUCUGUGGGAAAGUCAUAUAGAAGAUGGUACAGUCUGCCAGGAUGUUCUGGCAUGGGGGACAAAGGGGCCAAAGGUUUUGGAACAAGUCCGCUCAGAACUGAACUUCAAAUAAUCUGACUUCAACUGUUUUAAUAGAUAUUAGCAAAGAGGAGUGAGUAGGUGCCACGUCUGGACAGCUUUUGAAAUGGAACAACUCACCCUCAAGAAACAGAAAUGCAUUAAAGAUGAUUGAUGAUAGAGGAAUUUAUUAUCUAGAGGAUGUUAACUAAUAUCAGCCAUCUAACAUCUAAGUGCUUAAUGAUGUAAGAUGUCUCAACGUAAAUGACUAGGUAUUAAAAAUUCUUGUUAAAAUAGUAAUGAAGAGUAACCAUUUUCCUUUACAUUAUUUUUAUUUUUAUAUUGCUUGACAUUUGAAGGAUUCAUAGUACUUCCCCUAAUCUUAAACUUAAGACAGUAGUUCUGCUUGGACAUAACUUAUAAUGUUUAUCUGUUCUAUAAAAGUAGCUUUUUAUUUAAGGUGUUGUCUUAAGUAAUUUAGAUUUACCUUUACUUAUGAACAUAAAAUGAAGGGUAUUUACUGCAAAAAAUGUUAAACUGCUUAUAUAUUGUUAUCUUACAAAAGCAAAGCUUAAAGUGUAGUACUAUUAUUACCUUCAUACAUUGAUGUGUAUUUACAUUUCCCUUAAUAUGUUUUUUCACUUAAUAUAAAGUUAUUUUAAGCAAUAUCCUGAUUCAUUAAGGCUCUGUCUCAACAUUGUUAGUCUCUCAAGGCUUUUUUGCUCAGUCUUUUUCCUUUGCAAUAAUAUGAACCAGACUGCUUUCAUUAAAGCUAUAAAGUAGAAAUAAAAAUUUCAAUAUCCUAUACUGUAGUAACAGUUUGUCCUGAAUAUUGAGUCUUAUUGAGCUUGUAGCAUAGAACUGUAACACUACAAUUGUUUAUCCCUACACAUUAAAAAAUAGCAUCCAUUUUAUGCAUGUGUGUUUUCUAGGAGGGAUCUAGAUCUGAAAAGUUGAAGAAUUUAGUGUUAUUGUUAGUUUCA